GUCGUGUAAAGCUAUUCUACUUUUGCUGUUUUCUUGUUUCAAUGCCGAACAGCAGCAAUCCGCCAGCGACCAAUCCCGAACCGUCGCCUCCACAGCCGGCGAUGAAUGCUGCUGUGAACACUAGCAACAGCAACAAUGCUGCUGCCUCUGCUGGUGCUGCUGCUGGUGCUGCUGCUACUGCUGCGGGGCAAGGCGAAGGAGCAUCAGAAGAGCAGAGAAACGCCGCUAUGCAAUUCCUGCAGCAGCAGGUACCAGAACCAACACCAGCACCAACACCAACACCAGCACCAGCAGACUGCAGACUCCAGCGUCGCUCCGGCCGCGGUGGCGGUGACAGCGGAGAGUCCGGCUGCUGCGAAUCCGCCAGCGCCAGCGCCCCCGCACCAGCACCUGCACCAGCGGCAACAACCCCCUACUACAACUACUAUGGCGAAGAGAACGACAAUGGGAACAGCUACGAAGACGAGGAGAAUGCGCGGCGGCAGCGGAGACAGGAGGUGCUCGACUCUGGCGACGAUGCCAAGCAAGAUCACUUCCAGCAGCUCAUCUUUGACUCGGUCGACGCACUCCUCGUCCUGUCCGACUAUGCAGACACGUACGACGCGAUGGACGACCUCGCAUUCUAUGCAGAGAACAGCGAUGAGGAUUGGUGCGAAAUCGUGCGCCAGAUGGUGCUUUCGCUGGACCUUUCGCUGCCCUUGUCGGAUAGCGUCAUUGCGACAUUGAUCGACUCCUUCCCGAGUCCAGGACCAAGCACUGUCAAGCGUGUAUCCACCAUGCUCUGCGAGACAGCAGAUGAGUGCUGCGAUCAGGACAAUGUGCUUCGAAAUGUCGCGAUUGCUUUUGGAGUGCUUGCCGAAAAGUUUGCAGGACAAGCUACAGUUCUUCUCCUCAGCGAUAGUGCGUUGUCCACCCUAGAAUGCCUGCUCGACAAGUCUGAGCCUGCUAUGCUCUACGCGAUUGUCGCAUUGGACAAGUUUUGCCAAACAGCAAAAGCCAAAGCUGCUAUCAUGGAGAGCCCGCUGCCCAACAAGCUGCGCCAGUUGGAGACAAUAAUGCUUGACACUCCACCUACCGACGCGCUUCGACUUCAGAUCUGGCAUUGUCUCGUCUGGAUCCUUGAUAACACGGUUCUCCUGCCUGAUCGAGAACCCUCCAUCUCUAGAAUCAAGAAUCUCGAUAGCAUCAAUGUCAUGCUCGACAAGCGAAAUACGAUGAGCUUUGUCAAGGUUUCCGCCGAUGGUCUCGAGGCUCGCAAUGAUGCAUGCACUUUUGAAACUGUGCGCUCGUCUUUUGGAGUCCUGCACGGCAAGUGGUAUCUCGAAGUGACACUGCUUUCGGGCGGUAUCAUGCAGAUUGGCUGGACUGGGCGCGACUGCGAAUUUGAUGUUGAGGAGAGUGGUGUGGGAGACAACCCUCAAUCCUUUGCGUUCGACGGGUGCCGCAGGGUGACUUGGCAUCGCGGCGAGUUUAUCAAUUGCCCCGAGACCAUGCCUACUUGGAAACCCAACGAUGUGGUCGGUCUCAUGCUUGAUGGAGACGAGCGCCAAGUGAUAUUUUGGCUGAAUGAGCUGGAGGUCGGCCGCUACACGCUGCCGCCAGACUUUGAUAUGCUUCUGUACCCUGCCGCAAGCUUUAUGAGUUGCCAACAGACGAGGUUCAACUUUGGCGCUACCCCUUACAAAUUCCCUCGUGCAGGCUAUGCGUCCCUCAACGACCAUGGAACGCUUCCUCAUGUCGAAAAGAUUGUACCGCCUAAGGCAGUGCUCCUUCGAGACAUGCGCACGCAGCUGUCCCACGUUUCUGACGGCGAAGGGGAAUUGCGGUGCAUUCUCUGCGUCGACGAGCCUCGAUCGAUUCGCCUGCUGCCUUGCAACCAUGAAGGGUUUUGCCCCGACUGCGCCCAGCAAUGUGAUUUAUGUCCACUGUGCCGCGUCAAGGUGGUUGCACGGCAAAGUAGCGACGAGCCUGCCGUGACGGCACCUGUCGUUGCCGAUGCCUCUGCUGUCGCAUCUGGUGUCGUGGCAGACGCAAAUACCGCGCCGGUUGCUUCAACGGAAGCAAAUGCAGCGCCAGCUGCCGUUGACGCCGGGGCAGGGAACUUGUAGAUGUAGCAUUGGUUUUGUUAUGGUUUCGUGUUAGAUACAUUGGUUUCACUAUCGAGGCUGGAGGCGUUGAAAUAAAGUUACGUCCCAUCCCCAAA